UAUGUUUAUUACAACAAUGAGUACUUUCUUUAUUAUUGUCUUGACAAUUCUCUUCCUCUUUGGCCAGUCGUUAUUGGCAUCUUAUUCAAAUACUAGUAAUGCGGAACAAAACUUCAUUCAAUGCCUAAUCAACUCAACACAACUUACUACUCCGAUAACCGCAGCAAUCUACACUCCAUCCAACCCUCUCUUCCCAAACGUCUUACAAGCAUACAUUCAGAAUCUCCGUUUCAACCAGUCCACAACUCCAAAACCCGCAAUCAUCGUCACAGCAUUAGACCUUUCCCAUGUUCAAGCCUCCAUUGUAUGCGCCAAAAAACACAAACUCCUUAUGAAAGUCCGAAGUGGCGGUCAUGACUUUGAAGGUCUAUCCUACGUUGCCUACCAACCUUUCUUUAUCCUUGAUAUGUUUAAUAUUAGGUCCAUCAACGUGUCGAUUGAAGACGAAACCGCGUGGGUUCAAGCUGGUGCGACCCUGGGAGAAGUUUACUAUAGGAUCGCCGAAAAAAGCAGCGUUCAUGGCUUCCCUGCAGGAUUCUGCCCCACGGUUGGUGUUGGCGGUCAUAUUAGUGGCGGUGGUUAUGGUAAUUUGAUGAGAAAAUACGGUCUAACUGUCGAUAAUGUCGUCGAUGCUGAACUCGUUGAUGUUAAUGGGAAACUUUUAAACCGUGCAACCAUGGGUGAAGAUUUGUUUUGGGCGAUCACGGGGGGAGGUGGAGUGAGCUUCGGCGUGGUCAUUUCGUACAGAAUAAGCCUCGUUCGUGUUCCUGCCAGCGUUACCGUCUUCAAAGUGAGGAGAAUUUCGGAACAAAAUGUCACCAGCGUCGCUCACCGAUGGCUUCAAGUCGCGGACAAACUAGACAAUAAUCUUUAUAUUCGGAUGGUUUUAGACGUUGUGAACGACACAAACGGUGUGAAAACGAUACGUGCUUCGUUUUCAAGUUUGUUUCUAGGCGACACAACCACCUUAAUAACUAUAAUGGAUGAAAGCUUUCCGGAAUUAGGGUUACAAAGAUCAGAUUGUCAAGAAAUGAGUUGGAUUCAAUCAAUCAAAUGGUACAACAACUUCCCCCCUAAUUCGCCAGACUCGAUUCUCCUAAGUCGAAUCCCGCAGUAUCUUACUCAUUCUAAGUAUAAAUCCGAUUACGUCAAAGAACCUAUUCCCAAGACAGGGUUGGGGUUAAUCUUCAAGAAAAUGAUCGAGCUAGAACGGCCGCUUUUAACUUUCAAUCCUUAUGGUGGAAGAAUGGCAGAGAUAUCCGAGUUUGCAAAACCGUUCCCACAUCGAGAUGGGAACAUAGCCCAGGUCACAUACACGGUGGAGUGGGAAGAAGAUGGUGUCGAUGAAGCAAACCAUUAUGUAAACAUGGCUAGGGAUUUAUAUGAAUACACGACGCCGUUUGUGUCAAAGUUCCCUAGAGAAGCUUCCUUGAAUUUCAGGGAUUUGGAUAUUGGAGUUAAUAAUAAUUAUAUUGGGGACAACAGUUUUACUGAAGGGGCAGUGUAUGGGGUCAAGUAUUUCAAAGAGACUAAUUUUGAGAGAUUGGUGAAUGUGAAAACUAUGGCCGAUCCUGAUAAUUUCUUUAGGAAUGAACAGAGUAUUCCGACUUUGCCCUUUUUUAUUAGCAAGCAAACGUUAUAGCUUAUAAUAAUUUGUGUGUAAUACGAGUAUAUUUUUUUAACGGGAAUAAGACUUUGGUAUACCUAUUAGUUAAUUUAAGGGAUAAUGAAGUCUAAGUGUAGCUAACUAAGCCAAAAUGUCUAUGUAAUGUAACCUUCUUUAAAAUUGUCUAUGCAAUGCAACGAAAAAUGUAUUUGUGUC